GAAAGAUGCCAGCUAAAUGUUUCUGCCUUUGUGCCACCAACACACCUCCAUAAAGCAGGACAGCUGCUAAACAUCACUCGCCCCGAUGAUAUAGGUAGCGUUUGCUCCUAGUUCUCAGGACAUUUUCUCUUCAUCUCUUCUUCAACCUCUCUCAGAGCAACUCUAUCUACGUCGUCAACUACCCCACAAUAGCUCUGGGAUCUCCACUGAGCCAAGUCACCCAUCAUGCACCACCCCACACUCUGCGCCGUUGCAGUCGCUCUCCUGUCUGCCAUUCCGGGUACGCAGGCCAGCCUUUACAGUAAACAGUCGCCCGUCUUGCAGGUGGGACAAAAGGACUAUGACCGACUGAUUGCGAAGAGCAACCAAACCUCUAUCGUCGAGUUCUACGCCCCUUGGUGCGGUCACUGCAAGAACCUGCAGCCCGCUUAUGAGAAAGCUGCCAAGAACCUCGACGGGCUGGCCAAGGUUGCCGCUGUGAAUUGCGAUGAUGACGCGAAUAAACAGUUCUGCGGGUCAAUGGGUGUUAAGGGCUUCCCGACCCUGAAGAUUGUGCGGCCACGGAAGGGAGGGGGAAAGCCCACGGUUGAGGACUACAACGGCGCACGUACGGCCACGGGGAUUGUCGAAGCAGUGGUGGACCGGAUCAACAACCACGUCCAGAAGGUUACCGACAAGGACCUCGACAAGUUCCUGAGCGAGAAGAACGAGUCGCCCAAGGCGAUUCUGUUCACUGACAAGGGCACCACGAGUGCCCUUAUGAAGAGCAUUGCCAUCGAUUUCCUGGAUGUCAUCACUGUCGGCCAGGUUCGGGACAAGGAGACCAAGGCGGUCGAGACCUUUGGGAUUGAGAAAUUCCCGACCCUGGUUCUUCUCCCCGGAGGCGACAAGGAAGCAGUCGUCUACGACGGAGAGCUCAAGAAGCCAGCUAUUGUCAAGUUCCUAUCCCAAGCCGGCGAGCCAAACCCAGACCCCGCCCCGGUUACUGCGAAGCCCAAGAAGAAGAAGUCCUCGCCUCCGAAGUCCGAGACGGCUACUUCAGAGGAACCGGCUGCUCCAUCGGAGUCGGCCCAAACCCAGCAAGCACCAGUGAUCGUUGACUCGGUGACGCCGAUUCCCGCCAUCAACACAGCCGAGAAACUGGUCAAGGAGUGUUUGAGCGAGAAGUCUUCCACCUGUGUCCUCGCCUUCGUCCCCUCGACCCACGGCGAGGGUGCAAAGGAGGCGCUCGAUAGCCUGAGCACCCUCGCACACAGGUACACCCAGGGCAAGCAUAAGCUAUUCCCCAUAUACGAGGUAGCGAAAGAGAACGAGGCCGCGGCCAGUCUCAUCUCAUCGCUCGAACUAUCUGGCGAGGUUGAGCUUGUCGCCAUCAAUGCGCGCCGAGGUUGGUGGAGGCGUUUUGAGGGUCCCGACUUCAGCCACGAGAGCGUUGCGAGCUGGAUUGACGCGAUCCGCAUGAGCGAGGGUGCUAAGAACAAGCUGCCAGAAGGUGUCAUCGGCAUGGCUUUUGAGGAAUCCAAGGCUGAACCCGCACCCGAGGCAAGUGCAGAAGCGGCUAGUGACACAACAGAGUCAAAUGCUACCGAAGAGCCUGAGACUGUUACGCCUGAGCCAAGCGAGAGCAGCGACACCUCAGAGUCCACCGAGACUAAACCUACUGAUCCCACCGCAGAGCCAGAGACCGCUGCUGAGGAGGAUGCAGCCCAGCAGCCCAUCAAGCACGAGGAACUGUAAUUUCAAAGCCUCCAUGUUGAAAUGUAUGUUACUUUCAACGCACAAUCCUCUGUAGUAUUUUGCAAGUUUAGCACAUAGUAUUGCCUUUAGUCAAGUGUUGAGGGAAAGGUGGGAAAUGAAUAAUAAAAUAAAAAUAAAGAAGACAAGUUUGAGUUAGACUCGAACUCUCUUCCUCCUCAGUUGGU